AGCUGUGCUAGUUGUCUUUUUUUUUCAAGUCGCGCUUGCCUGCGCACGUGGCUACGUAAUAAAUACCCGGUUUUGAUGUUGAUUCGCUCUAGAUUCAGCCCACAGUACCAUGUCCUGGGACGAGCUUCCACCGCCGAUCCCGCUGGUCUCCCCCACGGUUGAGAAUGAAUCCUGGGACGAAAUCCAGCCGCCGACUCUUCCCGGCGGACCAGGCGGGGACUGCUCGUGGGGCGAGCCGAACCGCAUAGAAGGAGCUCCCGAGGAUUCUUGGGGAAUGGUCGUCGGCAACGGUAGUUCUGCUUGGGGUAGUAGUACCCUCCCCCGGGAGGAGAAUUGGGCGACCUCUACGGCGGAAAACAACGAUGGUGCUUACUCCACUUGGGGAGAUGAUCUCGAGCCGCCUGCCGCACCAGUUGCUACAGGAGAGGACGACGGGUGGGAUGUUGGGGUGGACUUGCAGCUUGCGGUGGAGACCACGACUGCGGGAUCUAGAAGAAGUACUUGUUGGGGUGCGGGGGACUGGGACCACCAAGCGGGCGGCGCGGAGAAUCAUCAUGUCGGAAUAAACGAGGAUUGGGGAGGACGAGCGCCGGGACAAGAAGAUACAGAAGUCCUGCUCCAAGAAUCGACGCAUACUAAACGACCAGAGGAACAUCAAAAUGAUUGGGGUAGAAGUUGUACGACGGCGACACCAGUAUUCCAGCAACCAGUUGGCGUGGACGUGGGGACGUGCGACAACAAUUCAAAUCCCAGUGUGCAGCACGAUAGCCAGGUCGUCAGACGGCCAGAGCGGCGCGAGGAGUUAGCAUGCGGGCGAGAUGAAAAAGAUGAAGAUGAUCACUUGUCUCCCCCGGAGGACGUCGGAGAGAACGACAAGGCUACUUUAUUUUUGCAGCAGCAAGAUGAUGAUGAGCCACCACGCCCGUUCACGGCGACCACAUUGCAUCCACAGGACCACCACCCAGAAGAGCCGUCGGGGCUUAUUUUUCCGUGCGCGAAAGUACUAGUGGAGAUGCAGCCCUCCACGACGGCUGUUCUUGUCGCAGACCAGCAAAAAGAAUGUGACACCUCUAAUGUGGUCACACUGAAGAACAUCCGGGAUAAGUUCGAGGGCGUGUCGCUCCCAGCAAAGGCGGAAACAACAUCGCUCAAUGUGGCGCAAGUUGGUGUUGUGGAUGGCAGUACCAAGUCACAAAAAGACGUCGACUCAGAUGUCGAAAUGGCGCCGGCAGAUGAACAACAUGGUCAGACAUACAGGCUUCAAAAUGGCUCCAGAACUCCAGGCGAGGCCAUGCCAAAGCGAGAAAUAAAGGCGGUGCCGCUUGCGGAUGAUGACGUUCCGAUGGGGCAAGAAGUUGGCUCCACCUCUUCUCCGGGAGUGCCAAGUGGUGCGGCUGUUGCGCCUUUUCUCGAGCGUGGUCGUGCCGGUAGUACCAAAGACGUAGCAAUGCCACAGGCGGACCAGGACGGAGAGGAUGUUCUGGGGAUGGAAGUGAACAAAGUGGGCGCUGUAGACGGUUUUCUGGAAGAACAGCAAGCACCAGCAGGAGAUGAAAAGCCACAACUUUUCGAGCAAGAGGAAAAACCGCAAACACGGGUCGCUGAAUCCCCAGCUACGGAACAAAAAGAUCAGGCCACGUCGCAGAAGAUUGCAUCCGCUACGUCCUCCAUAGGUGCUGUGGCGGCUGCUGUAAAAAUCGAAACAACGAUAAAAGAACCCCCGACUCCUGGUGCUGGACGGGACGAGCAGCAACCCGCAGAAGUCUCUGGUGCCGCUCCAGCACUGCCGGGACCAGAGUUACCGCCCAGAGUAGAAGACCCGCACACAGAUAAUAUUAAACACUCGAUGAAGUUUGACCCCUUUGCCAUCCAAGCGGAGCAGGACAAUGUCGAAGGUGUCGGAGGGGAAGAUAAUGAAAUGCAAGACGAACAAGAUGAAGAUUCACCACAGCACCAGAUGUUGGAGCUGAAUUUCGGGAAAACCAACCGCCGGGCGCUGUUCACCGCUUCCAUCGAAUUGAACGACAAGAUGCAGAAAGAUUUCAAUCUGAUCGAGGGCAAGCACUACAAGCUGAACGUGCUGAGUGGCUCGCUGCUGUUGGGUUUUAGGACAAAGGAAAUGCGGGAGUUUGUCAGGGAGCAAGCGGAAGGCAGCGAGAUUCUGGAGAAAGUCGGAAGCCUCACUGUGGAGGAAGUUAUUGCCGAGGACUUCGAAAAUGAGGAGGCGGUAGAGAAAAUGGAAAUCGAGAUCGACAGGCUGGUGGAGAAGGAAGACGUUCCCGAGUGGAAUCCGCCAUGA